GAGAUAAGAGAGAUCUCUCACUAUCUCAGUCUCUCUAGCCUGCCGUCCUCUAAUCUGCAUCUCUCUCACUCUCUCUCUUUAGAUCUCAUGGAUCAUGGGAUGGGUGAUAGUGGAACAGACACAGAAGUUUCGCCUCCACAAAUAUCAAGCGAUGUGUCAAGUGUGGCCAUGCCUUCUCAGAAGUCUAUGAUGCACGGGAGUUUUUUCUGGGGCAAGGAUGUGGAGAUUCUCUUCUCUGGGUGGCCUCAAGGCGAGCUUGGCAUGUACAUCUUGGCUCUCUUCUCAGUUUUCCUCCUCGCAGUGGCUGUGGAGAUGUUAUCUGUUUGGAGCGUCAAGUCUGCAGGGAUGAAGGCAGCUGGGACGAUAGCCAGAGUGACUCAUACUGGGCUGUACCUUCUUCGCAUGGGUCUCUCUUACUUGAUCAUGCUCUCUGUCAUGUCCUUCAAUGGAGAAGUCUUCCUCGUCGCUGUUGCUGGUCAUGCUGUUGGGUUCUUUCUUUUCAGAAGUCUGGUCGCCCACCAACCCCAAACUCGUCUCAAUGACAAGCCAAUCACUACACUACCAAUCUCAGUCGUGUAGAAGCCUAGCUAGUUUUUCAGUUGUUACUUACUAAUAAUUAAUUAAUGACCCUUUAUUGUACCCAUUAGUCCUACUUAAUUCUAGGACCUUUUCCUUUCUUAUGAAUUCUUGG